AAGCUUGUUGGCUAGCAACGCUAAGCGUCAUUAGAGUUUGUUAUAACAACAGUUGCUAGAAUAAUAGCUUCAAAUCAAAGCACAAAUUAUGACGCACUGGUUAGAAGGGACAUUUACGAGGGGAGUAGGAAAUUAAUUUUCGAAAUCUUUCCUUUUUAUUUUUUGUCACUUUUUAAAAAUGUUUUUUUGUAGUUUAUCAUUAUGAGUUCUUUCAGGUGGGGGGAAUGCAUUCAAAUAUUUUUUAUAGACUCAACUCAAAUGGGUAAUUAAUUAAAGGAAAAAUAUAUUUUAUAAAAGAAAAAAACCCAAGGUCCCACAAUUUAUAAACAUUUAUAAAUAAAAACGAAAAAAGAAAAUCAAGAUGAUUACGACUGGAGCCAGCGAAUUAACAGACCUUACAGACCCGAGAGUCUUUUUUGUUGCGGAUUACGUAUUGAAAACUUUCGGCCUAAAAGGAGAAAAAUGGUCAAAGAUGUAUAGCAUUGAAGAGAAUAAAAUUAUGAUGAAUGAAUUUUUUGAAAAAACUGAAAUGUCUACUUUGAUAUUUAUAUUGAAUAGCGCUGGAGCCCUGCAGAUGCAGCAAAAUUGGCCUGAGGCCCCCAAUGGAAAGUCCUGCUAUUUUGUUAGACGAAACAAAGAGCCAAUCUCCAGGGAGACAGCAUUGAGAACUGCACUGCUCUAUGGUGACUUAUCGUACUCUCCACUCGAACAUCUCUCAGUAUUUGUUGAUGAGAUACUUGUUCCAAUUUUGACAAAUGAAAAGAACCAUGAGCAUUGGCCAAGGGUGGUUUCACAGGACAUUAUUCGACAGGUACACAACCUCAAGAGAAAUGUUGAUGUUGUGAUUGGUCAGGUAAAAGGCAAAACACUGUUACCACUUCCUGUUGGUAUUGAAAACAUUGACAAUCUUGAUAUUAAAGAUAGCUUGUUGACACGUGCCUUAGUACAUUCUACAGAAUCAGUUGUCAUAGAAUGGUCUCACCAGAUACAAGAUGUCCUAAAGAGACAUUCUGCUCAAUUCUUGAAGGACGGACAGAAUCCAACUCCAUUUGUAGAAUUGAAUUUCUGGCAAGAUAGACUUAAGAAUUUGAACUGCAUCUAUGACCAGCUACAAGCUCCAAGAGUUGUGAAAAUGGCAAGCCUAUUAGAAAGAACCAACAGUGUAUAUCACAUUUCUUUCCAGAAUUUGUUACAAGAUGUUGUAUCUGCUCUUGAUGAAGCAAGAGACAUAAACAUAUUCUUAAAACCGCUUCACAACCUCUUCACUGAUAUCCAACAAGCUGAUUUCACAGACCUGACAGAACAUUUUCCUCCACUUAUACAUGUCAUUUGCCUUAUAUGGGCCAACUCCAACUUUUACAAUACAGCUCCACGUAUCACAGUUUUGCUGCAAGAGACUUGUAACUUGGUCAUCAAUUUGGCAAGGGAUCAUUCUGAACCAACUGAAAUUUUCAAAGGAGAAAUUGAAGAAAGUAUGGUUAAAGUGAGAAAUGUUGAGCAAAUUUUAGAAUGCUUUAAAGAUACAUAUGAAGAAUACAAAUCAAAACUGGAAGAAUAUUUCUCAGAUCAAACUCAAGUUAAACUGUGGCAAUUCUCUCCUGCUCUAGUGUUUGAUAGAUUUGAUAAAUUUCAGCAAAGAAUUCAAGUUGUGAAGAAAUUAAUGGAAACCUCAACUGAAUUCAUGAAGCUUGAGAAGGUCGAACUUGGAGGCAUCAAAGGUAAAAUCCUAAGCAAACAAGUUAUCCAAAUCAGUGAUGAAUUUAAAGAACAAUACAAAGUAUUCCAGGAGAAAACCUAUGACACAUUAGAUUCAAAUAACCAGGAAUUUCUUGAUGAUUAUGAGAAGUUCCAAAAUCGAAUCUAUGACCUGGAUCGAAGAUUGGGUACCAUAAUUUGCCAAGGAUUUGAUGAUUGCUCCGGUCUUCAAUCUUGUUUCAAGCUAAUUGAUAUGAUGGGAAGCCUUUUAGAAAGACCAUUGAUUAAGAAGGAUUUUAAUGGAAAAUACCUGAAAAUUGUUGACAUGCUCAAUGAAGAAUUGGACACAGCAAAGGAAAUGUACAAUGAGCAAAUGGUUCUGUUGAAAGAGACAGGAUGCAUCAUGGUGCAUAAAUUCAUGCCAAAAGUAUCUGGAUGUUUGAAGUGGGCCCAAGAAUUGCAAGAGAGAAUCACUAGUUCAGUUGGCAGUUUCAAACAUCUUGACCAUAGUUGUACAACAAAUGAAGAAGCAAUCCUUAUUUACAGAAAAUAUGAAGAAAUGAUGAAUCUACUCUCCAAUUUUGAACAGGAACAAUACACAGAGUGGGCAAAAACUGUUGAUGAUGCCUGCUGUUUUAACCUGUCCCAACCUUUGUUGUCAAGAAAUGAACAGACCAAUUUAAUCUCAGUGAACUUUGAUGCUCAGCUUAUUGCUGUGUUAAAGGAGGUUAAGUACAUGGAAAUCCGUGGCAUGGAAAAUAUUCCAACCAGCAGCAAUGAACUUUAUGCUAGAAGAGAUGAUAUUUUCCAAUAUGUCACCAACCUUGAUAUGAUAGUUCUUUGGUAUAACAAUAUCAGAACAUCCAUCAUAGAAGUAGAAUUCCCACUUAUUGAAAAACAAAUUGAUGAUAUUGAUCAUAAAUUGAAAAAUGCUGAGAAAGUUAUGAACUGGAAUAGUUCAGGUAUUUGGGAAUACAUCGAAGAAACUAAAAACAUGGUUUAUGAUCUGGAAUCUCGAUUGCACAACUCUAAGGAUAAUGUUCAAAAGAUUGAACAACUGAUGGCAACAUGGAGCAAGACACCGCUAUUUGAACGCAAAGAAGAUAAGUUUGGGUCAUUAUUAAAUUUGGACGAUCGAGGAGAACGAUUGAGAAAACGGUACAAAGAGAUUGAAGAUGCAGGUGAUCAGAUUCAUAAAUUGUUACAGGAAAAUGUUGACUACUUUAAAGCAGAUCCCAAUUCAGAAGUUUGGAAAGCUUACGUUGACUAUGUUGAUGACAUAGUUGUGGAUGGAUUCUUUAGAACCGUUGAUACCAGCCUGACAUUUUUACUAGAAAACACUGAAUCAAACUCAACUCAUGAACCAUUAUUUCAAGCACAAUUAGAAUUGUGUAAACCUGACAUGGUAUUUUCUCCAUCUUUGGAUUAUGGAACUGCUGAUGGUUUCUAUGAUUUGGUUGAUGGUGUGGUUGGCAGCAUCUACAAACAAGCUACUCUAAUUCUUCGCUUGGCAAAACACAGUGACCAAGUAAAUUACCAGCCUGAUUUAGAAGAAAUGGAUGAACUCAAUGAUAAACGAAAUGAAUUAAUGGAACGUGUACAAAAUGUCAUGAACAAAGCAUGUGAAUAUCGCAAUUCCUUUGACACAUACGCAUAUCUAUGGGUUGAUGACCGAAAUGAAUUUAUGCGUCAGUUUCUUCUAUAUAAUCAUGUCUUGACCACAGAAGAGAUAGAGGCGCAUGCUGAAGAUGGAGUGCCUGAAUGCCCUCCAACAUUAGAGCAGUUUAAAGAACAGAUUGAUACCUAUGAGAAGAUCUAUGAUGUGGCAGAAACAAUUCAGAAAACUUCAGUUUUUGAAUCAUGGUUUCGUGUUGAUGCCAGUCCAUUCAAACAAGCUUUGUUAAACAUUAUUAAGAGAUGGAGCUACAUGUUUAAACAACACUUAAUUGAUCAUGUGACUAAUAGUUUGGCAGACUUGUCUGAAUUCAUCAAAUCAGCUAAUGAAGGACUGACCAAGACUGUUGAAGAAGGUGAUUACAAUGGACUUGUAACUAUCAUGGGGAACCUUGGUGCUGUGCGUGAAAGGUUAGCUGCUACAGAUGAGAUGUUUGAACCUCUGAAGCAAACAAUUGAGUUACUGAAGAUAUAUAACCAAGAAAUGCCAGAGGAGGUUCACAUUCAGUUAGAGGAAUUACCUGAAAGAUGGAAUAAUACAAAGAAAAUAGCAAUCACAGUCAAACAACAGGUGGCACCACUUCAAGCAGCUGAAGUUAACAAUAUACGCAGAAAAACAGCAGCAUUUGAUGUAAAACAACACAAAUUCCGUGAAGCUUUUCAUCAGAUAUCUCCAUUUUUCUACACUUGUCAGAAUGCAUAUGAACAUUUAGACAAGUAUCAUGAAGAGAUUCACAAAAUGGAGAUGGAGAUGACUAACCUGCAAGCAUCAGCCAGCCUGUUUGAAGUUAGCAUCCCUGAUUUCAAGCAGUUGAAACAAUGCCGCAAAGAGUUAUGUUUGCUGAAGCACCUCUGGGACUAUAUAACAGUAAUUCAAAGCAGCAUCGACAACUGGAAGACGACGCUAUGGUUGGACAUUGAUGUUGACCAAAUGGACAUUGACUGCAAACUGUUUUCCAAAGACAUCCGCCAGCUAGAUAAAGAGAUGCGAGCAUGGGAUGUUUAUAGCGGAGCAGAAAGCACAGUUAAAAACAUGCUCACGUCUCUUCGUGCUGUCGGAGAACUGCAGAACAAAGCCAUACGCGAUCGCCACUGGCAGCAACUGAUGCAGGCCACAAAUGUACGUUUUGUAAUGGAUGAUACUUGCACUUUAGCUGACCUUUUACUGUUGAACUUACACAAUUAUGAGGAAGAAGCUAAAACCAUUGUGGACAAAGCAGUGAAGGAAAUGAGCAUGGAGAAAGUUUUAGGAGACCUGGAUGAAACUUGGGGUGCUAUGGAAUUUGACCAUGACAAACAUGCUUCUACUAAUACUACACUACUGCGUGCCAGUGAAGAACUAAUUGAAACUUUAGAAGAAAAUCAAGUUCAGUUGCAGAAUAUGUUAACAUCAAAAUUCAUUGAUUACUUCCGAAGUGAGGUCACUUCUUGGCAAAUGAAAUUGUCUACUGCUGACCAGGUGAUCAGUAUUUGGAUGGAAGUGCAACGCACUUGGUCUCAUCUUGAAAGUAUCUUCAUUGGGUCAGAAGAUAUUAGAAAACAACUGCCAAAAGACUCUGAGAGAUUUGAUAACAUCGAUUCUGAUUUUAAGCAAAUUGUUUCUGAAGUUGAAGUCACAAAGAAUGUAAUUCAAGCAACAAGUUGUCCCAAUUUAUAUGAACGCUUGGAGAAAAUCCAGUCAGAACUGGUGAAGUGUGAGAAGGCUUUGGCAGAAUACUUAGAAACAAAGAGAUUGGCUUUUCCUCGCUUCUAUUUUGUCUCUCCUGUUGAUCUAUUAGACAUUUUGUCUAAUGGAAACAACCCAACAGCCGUUUGUACUCAUCUUACCAAACUGUUUGAUAGUUUGGCCAAACUUGAAUUUGAGAAAGAUUCUGAUGGAAAUGACACUAAAAUAGCUACAGGAAUGUACAGCAAAGAUGGAGAAUAUGUGGCUCUUGACCAUAAAUGCGACUGCUCUGGACAGGUAGAAGUCUGGUUGAACAGUGUCUUAGACACUAUGAGAAGCACCAUUCGAUAUCAGAUGACAGAAGCUGUGGUAGGAUAUGAAGAGAAAGCUCGUGACUUGUGGCUAUUUGAUUAUUGUGCUCAAGUUGCUUUGUGUGGAACACAAAUUUGGUGGACAACUGAUGUUAAUAUGGCUUUUGGUCGUCUAGAAGAAGGCUAUGAAAAUGCAAUGAAAGAUUAUAAUAAAAAGCAGAUCCAGCAGCUGAAUGCCUUAAUUACAAUGCUUGUGGGUGAGCUGAACAAAGGUGACCGCCAGAAAAUAAUGACCAUAUGUACCAUUGAUGUACAUGCUCGAGAUGUUGUAACAAAAAUGAUUGCAAAUAAAGUAGAUAAUGCUCAAGCAUUUUCUUGGUUGUCUCAGCUCAGACAUCGAUGGGAUGAGCAAGGUCUCAAGGAUUGCUUUGCUAACAUCUGUGAUGCCCAAUUCCGCUACAGCCAUGAGUAUCUGGGUAAUGCUCCACGACUGGUAAUAACUCCUCUUACAGACAGGUGUUAUAUUACACUCACUCAAUCUCUUCAUCUCAUUAUGAGUGGAGCUCCAGCUGGGCCUGCAGGUACCGGUAAAACAGAAACCACCAAAGAUUUAGGAAGGGCUCUUGGUGUUAUGGUCUACGUUUUCAACUGUUCAGAGCAGAUGGACUAUAAGUCCGUUGGUAAUAUCUACAAAGGUCUUGCCCAAUCUGGGGCCUGGGGAUGUUUUGAUGAAUUCAAUCGUAUCUCUGUGGAGGUUUUGUCUGUAGUGGCUGUCCAAGUAAAAAGCAUUCAAGAUGCCAUCAAAGACAAAAAGAAGGAAUUUAAUUUCAUGGGGGAACACAUCAAAAUUGUUCCUACAGUUGGAAUUUUUAUUACCAUGAAUCCUGGCUAUGCUGGGCGAACAGAACUUCCAGAGAACUUAAAAGCACUUUUCAGACCUUGUGCUAUGGUUGUGCCUGAUUUUGAGUUGAUUUGUGAAAUCAUGUUGGUAGCUGAGGGUUUCCUUGAUGCUCGGCUUCUUGCUAGAAAGUUUAUCACAUUAUAUCAACUAUGUAAAGAGCUUUUGUCAAAACAGGAUCAUUAUGAUUGGGGAUUGCGUGCAAUCAAAUCAGUCUUGGUUGUUGCUGGAUCUCUUAAAAGAAGUGAUCCCAAUCGAGCAGAAGAUCAAGUACUAAUGAGAGCUCUGCGAGAUUUUAAUAUUCCCAAAAUCGUAACUGAUGACCUUCCAGUGUUUAUGGGGCUCAUAAGUGACUUAUUCCCAUCCCUUGAUGUGCCUCGUAAAAGAGAUAUGGUGUUUGAGAAAAAUAUCAGACAAGCUGUUUUGGAUAAACAGUUACAACCUGAAGAUAGUUUUAUACUUAAGGUUGUUCAGUUGCAAGAAUUAUUUGAUGUGAGACACUCUGUUUUCAUCAUCGGAAAUGCUGGAACUGGUAAGAGCCAAGUUUGGAAUGUUUUACUCCAAACCCAUCGUAACCAAAAGCUGAAACCCCUUGCAAUUGUCUUGGAUCCAAAAGCUGUAACUAAUGAUGAACUAUUUGGUAUCAUUAAUCCAUCAACAAGAGAAUGGAAAGAUGGCCUGUUUUCUGUAAUAAUGAGAGACCUUUCAAAUAUGAGUGGAGAUGGUCUGAAAUGGAUUGUCUUAGAUGGAGACAUUGAUCCAAUGUGGAUAGAAUCUCUGAACACUGUUAUGGAUGACAAUAAAGUGCUUACUUUAGCCAGUAAUGAACGUAUCCCUCUUACUCCAUCUAUGCGCUUGCUUUUUGAAAUCAGCCAUCUGAAGACAGCUACUCCUGCUACUGUAUCAAGGGCUGGAAUUUUAUAUAUCAACCCACAGGAUCUUGGCUGGAAUCCCUAUGUUCAGAGCUGGAUUGACAGGAGGGAAAUUCAGUCAGAAAAGGCUAAUUUGACCAUUCUCUUUGACAAAUAUGUACCAACCUGUUUAGAAACUCUACGACAACGAUUCAAAAAAAUUACACCUAUUGCUGAGUGUAGCCAUAUACAGAUGCUGUGUUACCUUUUAGAAUGUUUACUCUGCCCAGAAAACACACCAGCUGACUCUCCUAAGGAACUUUAUGAACUAUAUUUUGUUUUUGCAUGCAUCUGGGCAUUUGGUGGUGCUAUGUUUCAGGACCAGCUGGUGGACUAUAGAAAUGAAUUCACCAAAUGGUGGAUUAACGAAUUCAAGUCAGUGAAAUUUCCAAGUCAGGGUACUGUCUUUGAUUAUUACAUCGACCCUGAGACAAAGAAAUUUGAACACUGGAGCAAACGUGUUGCAAAAUUUGAAUUAGAUCCAGAAAUACCACNACAGGCAACUAUGGUGCCAACAGCUGAAACAACUCGAAUCCGGUACUUUCUGGACAUCCUAAUUGCUUCAAAGAGGCCUGUGAUGCUUGUUGGUACAGCAGGAAGUGGCAAGACUGUCCUCAUGCAGGACAAACUGAUAUCUCUCCCUGAUGAAUAUGUGAUUGCCAAUGUGCCCUUCAACUUUUACACAACAUCUGAAAUGCUACAACGAAUUCUAGAAAAACCACUUGAAAAAAAAGCAGGACGAAACUAUGGUCCCCUUGGUAACAAGAAGCUCAUCUACUUUGUAGAUGACAUGAAUAUGCCAGAAGUUGACCAGUAUUUCACAGUACAACCACAUACUCUGAUGAGACAACAUCUAGAUCAUAACCAGUGGUAUGAUCGCGUGAAGUUGACUGUCAAAGACAUACACAAUACACAAUACGUUGCUUGCAUGAACCCAACAGCUGGCAGUUUUACAAUUGAUCCCCGUUUACAGAGACACUUCUGCGUAUUUGCCAUCAAUUUUCCUUCUCAAGAUGCUUUAAAUACCAUCUAUUGUAGCAUUCUUAGCCAACAUUUGAUUUUCAAUAACUUUGCUCCUCAAGUACAGAAAUUCUCACCAAAUAUAAUUACAGCUGCACUUACUCUCCACCAAAGAGUCUCCUCCAACUUUUUGCCCACAGCCAUCAAAUUCCAUUAUGUUUUCAAUCUCAGAGAUUUGUCCAAUAUUUUCCAGGGGAUAUUAUUCUCCUCUCCGGAAUGUUGCAAAACUCCAACGGAUUUGAUUCGCUUAUGGACUCAUGAGUCUCAAAGAGUUUACUGUGAUAAGUUGAUUGAUGCUAAAGAUAUAGUAAACUACUUGAAACUUGAGAAAGAUGUUAUCAAGAAAAGUUUUGAGGACAUCGAUGAAUCAGCUCUGACGAAGAAACCAUUACUGUAUUGCCAUUUUACCCAAGGUAUAGGUGACGCUAAGUAUUUACCAGUGUCUGACUGGAACAGUAUCAGUGCAAUACUAAAAGAAACAUUGGACAGUUACAAUGAACUCAACGCUGUCAUGAAUCUGGUUCUGUUCGAAGAUGCUAUGACUCAUAUCUGUCGAAUCAACCGCAUCCUGGAAAGUCCUCGAGGAAAUGCACUUUUGAUUGGUGUAGGAGGAAGUGGCAAACAAAGCCUGUCAAGACUUGCUGCUUAUAUAAGCAGUUUGGAAGUGUUCCAGAUUGUUCUGAGGAGAGGAUAUGGCAUACCAGAUCUUAAAAUGGAUUUAAACAUUCAGUACCAAAAAGCUGGCUUGAAGAAUAUUGGGACAGUUUUCUUAUUAACUGAUGCCCAAGUAGCAGAUGAAAAAUUCCUUGUUUUGAUCAAUGACCUACUUGCAUCAGGAGAGAUUGCUGAUCUUUUUGCUGACGAUGAAGUUGAGACUAUUAUUAGCACUGUACGAAGUGAAGUAAAAGCACAAGGUCUUGAAGACACUCGAGAGAACUGCUGGCGAUAUUAUAUCGAUAAAGUUCGUCGUUCACUAAAGGUUGUGUUAUGUUUCUCUCCUGUUGGCCCCACAUUGCGAAUCCGAAGUCGCAAAUUUCCAGCUAUUACCAAUUGUACAAGCAUUGAUUGGUUCCAUGAAUGGCCUGAAGAAGCUCUAGUAUCUGUCAGUCAAAGAUUCCUUGAAGAAGUUGAACUAUUGGCUCCACCAAUGAGGGAAGCAAUUUCAAAGUUUAUGGCCUUUGUGCACAAAUCAGUGAAUGAUACAAGUGACCUUUAUCUCCAAAAUGAACGUCGCUACAAUUAUACUACACCAAAAAGUUUCCUAGAACAGAUUAAGCUUUAUCAAAACCUACUGAAUAAGAAUAAUACCAAUUUACAGGCACAAAUUGUGCGUCUAGAAAAUGGUUUGGAGAAACUUAGAAACACUUCUUCCCAGGUUGAUGACCUGAAAGCCAAGCUGGCUGCCCAAGAGGUUGAACUUGCUCAGAAAGAAGAGGAUGCUAACAAACUGAUAGCUAUUGUUGGAGCUGAGACAGAGAAAGUUAGCAAGGAGAAACGCAUUGCCGAUGAAGAAGAGAAGAAAGUACAAAAGAUCAAUGAAGAAGUCAGCAAGAAGGCCCAAGAUUGUGAAGAAGAUCUUACCAAAGCUGAACCUGCCCUUAUAGCAGCAAAGAAAGCUCUUGAUACACUCAAUAAGAGUAACUUGACAGAAAUGAAAUCUUUUGGAGCACCGCCUAGCGCUGUGACAAAUGUCACUGCUGCAGUGAUGGUUUUGUUAGCGCCAGGAGGGAAGAUUCCUAAAGACAGGAGCUGGAAAGCAGCAAAAUCUACUAUAAUGAGUAAGGUUGAUACAUUAUUGGUUCAGCUGAAAGAAUACGAUAAAGAAAACAUUCAUGAAAACUGCCGUAAAGCAAUUCAGGCCUACCUCACAGACAAGGAAUUCAACCCUGAGUUGAUAAGUGCCAAGUCCUCAGCUGCAGCUGGUCUCUGUGCUUGGGUAAUCAAUAUUAUGAAAUUUUAUGAGGUAUUUUGUGAGGUGGAACCAAAGAGAAUUGCACUAAACCAAGCAAAUGCAGAAUUGGCCGCUGCUCAAGACAAGCUAGCUGUCAUUCAGAAUAAAAUCACAGAACUUGAAAAAUCUCUGGCUAAACUGACAAAUGAAUUUGAAGAAGCUACAAAUGCAAAAAUGAAGUGUCAAGCAGAAGCAGAUGCUACAAAUAAGACCAUAGUUUUGGCUAAUCGGCUUGUUGGAGGACUGGCUUCUGAAAAUGUCAGAUGGGCUGAGUCAAUCAGAGGACUGAAAAAACAAGAAAUAACUCUACCUGGUGACACACUACUCAUCACAUCAUUUGUCUCAUACCUUGGAUGUUUUACCAAAUCAUACAGGCUCGAUCUCAUCAAUAAGCACUGGACUAAUUAUCUGAAUUCAGUAAAGGAAAUAAUUCCCAUAUCUGAAGGCUUAGACCCUUUGACUUUACUAACAGAUGAUGCAAGUAUUGCUGAGUGGAACAAUGAGGGUUUACCUAGUGACCGAAUGUCAAUUGAAAAUGCUACCAUACUCACAAACUGCGAGAGAUGGCCUCUAAUGGUUGAUCCUCAGCUUCAAGGAAUAAAGUGGAUUAAGAAGAGAUUUUCUUCAACGCUGAAGGUUGUACGUAUUGGUCAAAAGGGCUAUCUUGAAAUCAUUGAGAAAGCAAUAUCUACAGGAGAAACUGUUCUCAUUGAAAACCUUGGGGAAUCUAUUGAUCCAGUCUUAGAUCCUCUCUUGGGAAGAAAUACCAUUAAAAAAGGACGAGCCAUCCGAAUGGGAGACAAAGAAGUGGAGUAUAACUCUUCAUUCCAGCUGAUUCUACAUACCAAACUGGCAAAUCCACAUUACAAACCUGAGAUGCAGGCACAAACAACAUUGAUAAAUUUCACAGUUACUCGAGAUGGACUUGAGGAACAGCUUCUAGCUGCAGUUGUCAGCAAAGAAAGACCAGAUCUGGAACGGCUAAAAUCAGAUCUUACACAUCAACAAAAUGAAUUCAAAAUUACACUCAAAAAACUUGAAGAUUCUCUACUUGCUCGAUUGUCAGCUGCUGAAGGAAACUUCUUGGGAGAUUAUGCUCUGGUAGAGAAUCUUGAGACUACCAAACGGACAGCGGCAGAGAUUGAAGUCAAAGUGGUUGAAGCAAAGAAAACAGAGAAGGAAAUCAACUUGGCCCGAGAAAGCUACAGACCAGCAGCUGAAAGGGCAUCAUUACUCUACUUCCAGCUGAAUGAACUGAGCAAAAUCAAUCCUAUGUACCAGUUCUCUCUCAAGGCUUUCAGUGUGGUGUUUGAAAAGGCCAUAGAACGAGCUGAGCCAGCUGAUGAUGUUAAACAACGAGUUGUCAACUUGAUUGACAGUAUUACAUACUCAGUUUUUAUCUACACCACACGAGGACUCUUUGAGAAGGACAAACUCAUCUUCACUUGUCAAAUGGCAUUCCAGAUUCUACUUUUGAAGAAAGAAAUAAAUGCAACUGAAUUGGAUUUCUUAUUACGUUUUCCUUCUAUUCCCAACCUUACCAGUCCUGUUGACUUCAUCAACAAUUUAGGAUGGGGCGGAAUCAAGGCAUUGGCCAGUCUUGAAGAUUUUCGCAACUUGGAUAGGGACAUAGAAGGCUCUGCUAAAAGAUGGAAGAAAUUCGUUGAGUGUGAAUCUCCAGAAAAGGAGAAGUUUCCUCAGGAAUGGAAGAAUAAAACAUCUCUUCAGAAACUUUGCAUGAUGAGGGCUCUCCGACCAGACAGAAUGACAUAUGCAAUCAGGAAUUUCAUUGAAGAGAAGAUGGGUACACAGUACGUUGAAGGACGCCAAGUGGACUUUGCUAAAUCUUAUGAAGAAUCUGGUCCUGGUACUCCAGUAUUUUUUAUCUUGUCUCCUGGAGUGGAUCCCCUCAAAGAUGUAGAGGCAUUGGGCAAAAAAUUAGGUUUCUCAAAUGAUAACAAGAACUUCCACAACAUAUCUCUGGGUCAAGGACAAGAAAUCAUAGCUGAAGAAGCUAUGGAUAUAUCAGCUCAAGAUGGACACUGGGUAAUCCUACAAAAUGUGCAUCUUGUUGCAAAAUGGCUGGCCAACUUAGAGAAGAAGUUAGAAGAAUAUAGUGUAGAUAGCCAUGAAUCUUACAGAGUUUUCAUCAGUGCUGAACCUGCCGCUUCUGCUGCUUCCCACACCAUACCUCAAGGUAUUCUUGAGUCAGCCAUCAAAAUUACGAAUGAGCCUCCUACUGGUAUGCAAGCUAACUUGCAUAAAGCAUUAGACAACUUUGAUCAGGACACUUUGGAAAAGUGUGCACGAGAAGUAGAGUUUAAGAGCAUCUUAUUUGCUCUCUGCUAUUUUCAUGCUGUUGUUCAAGAACGGAGAAAGUUUGGACCUCAGGGUUGGAACCGAAUUUACCCUUUUAAUGUUGGUGAUCUGACAAUCAGUGUUAAUGUGCUGUACAACUACUUGGAAGCCAACAACAAAGUCCCCUGGGAAGAUUUACGCUAUCUUUUUGGGGAAAUCAUGUAUGGAGGGCACAUCACAGAUGACUGGGACAGACGACUUUGUAUAACUUAUCUUGAAGUGUACAUGCAUCCGGACAUGCUUGAUACAGAGCUCUAUUUGGCUCCUGGAUUCCCAAUUCCACCAAAUAUUGACUACAAGGGCUAUCACACAUAUAUUGAUGAGAUGAUUCCAACAGAAAGUCCCUAUUUAUAUGGUCUACAUCCAAAUGCAGAAAUUGAAUUCCUCACAAGUACAUCAGAGCAUCUUUUCCGCACAGUAUUUGAAAUGCAGCCUCGAGAUGCAGGUAGUGAUUCAGAAGCUGGUGUUAGCCGAGAAGAAAAAGUAAAGUCAAUUUUGGAUGAAAUUAUUGAAAAAUUACCAGAAGAAUUUAUCAUGGCAGAAAUAAUGGCUAAAGUUCCAUUAGAAGAAAGAACUCCCUAUGUAGUCGUAGCAUUCCAAGAAUGCGAACGAAUGAAUUUGUUAACAUCAGAAAUUAGAAGGACCUUAAAAGAACUUGAUUUAGGUUUAAAGGGUGAAUUGACAAUCACCUCAGACAUGGAAGAACUAAGCAACUCUCUUUUUAUGGAUCAAGUGCCAGGCAACUGGGCAAAAAGGGCAUACCCUUCUCUGUACAACCUCACCACAUGGUAUGCAGAUCUUUUGCAACGUGUGAAGGAACUAGAGAGUUGGGUAACAGACUUUCAGCUACCAGCAGCUGUUUGGCUGGCUGGCUUCUUUAACCCACAGUCCUUUCUUACAGCUAUCAUGCAGCAAAUGGCACGUAAAAGUGAAUGGCCACUAGACAAGAUGUGUCUGCAGUGUGAUGUGACUAAGAAAAUGCGAGAUGACAUGGCAGGACCACCUCGAGAAGGAGCUUACAUUCAUGGGCUCUUUAUGGAAGGUGCUCGGUGGGACAUGCAGAGUGGAAUGAUUGCUGAGUCACGACUAAAAGAUCUCACUCCAGUAAUGCCUGUGAUAUUCAUUAAAGCCAUUCCAGUUGACCGACAGGAUACUAAAACUAUUUAUCAAUGUCCUGUCUAUAAGACCAAACAACGAGGCCCGACAUUUGUAUGGACAUUUAAUUUGAAAUCGAAAGAGAAAUCAAGCAAGUGGAUUCUUGGUGGAGUAGCUCUGUUGCUGCAGGUUUAAAUUAAAUGAGCUUGUAUUAGUGCCCGCCUUGCCUCAUAAAAACUAAAACAACUAAUAUUUUUAUUUGAAGUGUUAUAUCUCUGGAAAUAUAAUGAAACAUUGAAAACAAAAACAUACAUUAUCUAGUAUUGCUGUAUUGAUUAAUGAUUACCAGAACCUUGCUGCAAAAUUAUUUACUUAUUUCUCUUUCUUUAGUGGUAUUCAUUAGGAAUCUUGUUGUUCUAUAUAUUAAAAGAAUAUCCACAUUGUUAAAUGUUCAACAUUAAACACAUACCAGUUAAAAGACUGAACUUUCACUCUACAUUUAAUAUCA